AUGCUGUCUGCCUUGAAGCCAAACAUCAUCCACGUCCUUCCGGAAGUCCAACCAUUACACUACCACCAUGGCAACCUCUCCUCCGGAGCACCAAGGCAUAAUCCACCAGAGAACCCUCACACUUCCUUUUCAGACAAGAUUGUCCUCAUCACUGGUGCCAAUGCCGGUCUCGGUCUCGAAGCCGCAGCCAAGUUCGCGGCUCUGGGUGCCUCGCGUCUCAUUCUCGGCGUCCGAUCGAUACGACGUGGGAAAGAAGCGAGAGAACACAUCUGCCGACGAUCUGGUUACAAUGGUGCAAACAUACAACUGUAUCGGCUCGACAUGAGCACCUUCGAAUCAGUCAAAUCGUUCGCCGAGAAAGUCUGCGCGAACGAGUCUCGACUCGACGUUGCGGUUCUCAACGCGGGCAUGGCGGCGCCUUCUUACCAGCUGUCUCCUGAGGGGUUUGAGAUGUCGCUGAACGUCAACGCUCUAUCGACCGCUCUCCUGGCGAUUCUGUUGUAUCCCGAGCUCCGGAAAUCGGCGGAGAUGUCUGGCGAACCAUCACAUCUCGAGUUUGUUGGCAGUGUCGGCCAUCGCAUGGUCAAUCCUGACGCACUCGAUGCCGGCCUUCAGGAUGGAUCGAGCGUGCUGGAUAUCGUUAACGACAAGAAAUUCUUCGACGCCGAACGGCAGUACUGCACCACCAAGCUCUUGCUGAUGUAUGUCAUGGAUGGACUCGUCGCAGCAGCAGCACGCGCAGCAGCGUCUUCCUCGUCAACAGAUCACAAGGAUCCAGAAGUCAUCAUCACGACUUGCUGCCCGAAUCUGUGCCGCACGAACCUCGGCCGCGACUUUUCCCUCCUGCUCAAACUGCCGACUUACUUGUUCCAGCUCGUCUUCGCCCGCUCAGCCGAGGAAGGGAGCAGGAUUCUCGUCAGUGGGACAGCCUUGGGGAAGGAGGCGCAUGGAGAGUUCUGGAGUCACGAUGUCUUUGACAAGAAGGGCGAGCUCGUUACGAGUCCGAAGGGCAAGAUGUUGCAGAAGAAAGCCUGGAGCGAAAUGGUCGAGGUUCUGAGGAAGCAUGUUCCGCGUAGCGAAGAAUACCUCCUACAGGAUUGA